AUGGCCUACUUGCUGCUCUAUGUCGACGACAUCAUCCUGACGGCAUGUACGGCUGGUCUCCUCAGUCAGCUCACGGCUCGUCUUCACGCUGAGUUCGCCAUCAAGGACUUGGGUCCUUUGCACUACUUCCACGGUGUCGAGGUGGUGCGCCGUCCGGAUGGCUUCUUCAUUCAUCAGCGAAAGUACGCUCAUGAGCUCCUGGAGCGCGCCGGCAUGCUUAACUGUAAGCCCACCGCCAUGCCUGUUGAUACGAAGGCCAAGCUUUCUGCCACGGAUGGUUCUCCUGCUUCGGAUGCUGCUUUCUAUCGGUCUAUCGUUGGUGCUCUCCAGUACCUCACUCUGACUCGAACGGAGACCCAUUAUGCCGUGCAGCAGGUGUGUCUUCAUAUGCAUGCUCCUCGAGACGUUCGCUUGGCUGCUGUCAAGCAGAUUCUCCGCUAUGUCUGUGGCACCGCAUUCAUGCCUGGAGCACCGUCUGCAUCGUCUCCUGGUGUUCGUGCCUUCUCUUGA